CAGAAAUGCUAUAAAGACAAGUCCUAAUAACACAUCUCUGAAACAUGAGGUAAUUCGGACAGCAUGCUGCCAGCAACAUGACAGGAUUGAAACAUACUGCUGUGGCUGCUAUUGGACAAGAAAUAAGUCAAAUUAAACUGAGAGAUAACAAGGUUUUAUCCAACUGGGAAAGCUCUACAUGGACAGGAUGCAAGGCCAGGCUUAGAAAAGAAGCUACUGUUAUUCAAUCUAAGGAAUUUAAAGAUGAAGAACUUCUCUAUGUGAAGCAAGGAAAGGAAGCUUUACAAAGGGCAGUAGAGAUCCUGGAACAGCAGGGGGGGUGGCAAACAGAAAUAUCAGCGGUAUGUCAUAAAUAUUUCCUUUAAGAUUUAGCUGAACCC